UCCAGCCCUGUCUGCUGGAAUAACAAUCAGCCCGCAUGUAUAAAAGCACACGCACACACAUGUGAAUGACUGAUAUCCUGACAGAUAAACACAUGGAUGAUGAGGAGAGGUGGAGUGCUCUGUGAUGUCUGGAGUGUCAUAUGCUAAUAUAUCUGCCCGACUCUCAUUGUCUCUUCAAUCACUCCAGACCAGCGCCGUUCACAUCACAGCUCUCUGAAAUACAUCAACUGUUCACUUCAGUCACAGCAAGAGAGAACGAGCGACAGUGGCCAUAUCUCAUCUGCUGAAGAAUUCAUCCACAGGCCACUUGAAGAAGGUGAGAAGAAAACACACAGGUGAGUGAACACAUCUUCUCUUCCAGACAGCACUUCGUAUAAUUCAAGAAAUUUCACAUCUAAUUACAAAAAACAGACAGCGUCUUGCCUCCUCGUUCGUGAUCACGUGUCAAUGUUGUACGUCAAUGAGCUGAAUGUCUAGUUGAUCACUGAUGUGAAAUCUGCCCGCUGUCCUUCUUGACCUUCAUCAUCGCAACAAGAGCGUGCUGAACUGAUCUCAUGGAGAUGUUUUACACGCGGACUCUCUUCACAGAUUUUGUGGGUGUAGUGGUGUGUUACAGGAUGGCGGGUCAGGUGUCGGUGGAGAGCAUGGAUUUAUCAGCUCACAGACUUUCUGUCAAGACGUCUGUGGAAGACGAGUCCGAGCCGGCAGACAGCACUCUCAGCCGCGGUCAGUCCGUAUGUGAUGACACAUCUUCAGAGCUACAGCGAAUGGCCACGCUGGAUCCCUGCAGACUCACCUCACAGAACUCCUUCAGGGGUCGAGGAGCGCUCUCCAGGUUGGUGAGUAUGGUGGUGACGCUCAGAGACUGGGCUCAUAAGAGUCUUCAGGAGGAACAGGAGCGGCCGGACUCAUUCUUGGAGCGUUUCCGAGGACCUGAACUUCAAAUCGCUCCCAGUCGAAUAAGCAUCAACAGACCUGACGCGCAUGAUGGAAACAACAGCUUCAAAAUCAAGAAGAAGUGGGAUGUUUUUCUUCUGGCACCUGCUGAUGAUCUGUACUAUCGUUGGCUGUUUGUCAUCGCCUCAGCGGUGUUAUACAACUGGUGCUUUGUGGUGGCUCGAGCGUGCUUUGAUGAGCUUCAGAGCAGAAACUUUAUUCUGUGGCUGGUUUUGGAUUAUCUCUCUGAUGUCAUAUAUAUAUUGGACAUCUGUGUUCGACUGAGGACAGGUUUUCUGGAGCAGGGUCUGCCGGUGAAGGACCUUACCAAGUUAAGAGAAAGCUACUUUCACACGUUCCAGUUCAAGCUGGACGUGCUCUCCAUACUCCCCACAGACCUCGCCUACAUCGCCACAGGCAUUCACGUGCCCGAGCUGCGCUUCAAUCGACUGAUGCGCUUCUCUCGCCUCUUUGAGUUCUUCGACCGCACGGAGACGCGCACCAGCUGCCCCAACGUCUUCCGCAUCUGCAACCUGGUGCUCUACAUCCUGGUCAUCAUUCACUGGAACGCCUGCAUCUACUUCGCCAUCUCCAAGUCUCUGGGGUUCGGCUCGGACCAGUGGGUCUACCCGAACACGUCGGACCCCGAGUUUGGGACGCUGAGCCGAGGAUACGUCUACUGCCUCUACUGGUCCACCCUCACGCUGACCACCAUCGGGGAAAUGCCGGCCCCCGUGCGCGACGAGGAGUACCUGUUUGUGGUUUUUGACUUCCUCGUUGGCGUGCUCAUCUUCGCCACCAUCGUGGGUAACGUGGGAUCCAUGAUUUCCAACAUGAACGCCACCAGAGCCGAGUUUCAAGCUCGCAUGGACGCCAUAAAACACUACAUGCAGUUUCGCAAGGUCAGCAAAGAGCUGGAGGCUCGCGUCAUCAAGUGGUUCGACUACUUGUGGACCAAUAAGAAAUCGCUGGACGAGCAGGAUGUUCUGAAGAGCCUGCCCAACAAACUGCGGGCCGAGAUCGCCAUCAACGUGCACCUGGAAACGCUGAAGAAGGUCCGCAUCUUCCAGGACUGCGAGGCGGGACUGCUGGUGGAACUGGUUCUCAAGCUGCGGCCGCAGGUUUUCAGUCCCGGCGACUACAUCUGCAGAAAAGGAGACAUCGGGAAAGAGAUGUACAUCAUCAAAGAGGGCCGUCUCGCCGUGGUGGCCGAUGACGGGGUGAACCAGUUCGCUCAGCUGACGGGCGGCAGCUGCUUCGGGGAGAUCAGCAUCCUCAACAUCAAGGGAAGCAAAAUGGGCAACCGCCGCACGGCGAACAUCCGCAGCAUCGGCUACUCCGACCUCUUCUGCUUGUCAAAGGACGACCUGAUGGAGGCCGUGAUGGAGUACCCCGACGCUAAGAAGGCGCUGGAGGAGAGAGGGAGGCAGAUUCUACUGAAAGAAGGCCUGCUGGAGGAGUUGGGAGCUGCCGGGAUGGGAGAAGAAAGGGUAGAGGAGAAAGCGCAGAGGUUGGAGGCCGGUCUGGAAACGCUACAGACUCGCUUCGCUCGCUUACUGGCCGAGUACACGGCCACUCAACAGAAGCUGAAGCAGCGCCUCACCGCUCUGGAGUGCAGGACACGUCAGUCUGCCAGCGGGUUUCUCUCUGAUGGCAAUGACAGCACCACUGACGGUGAUGGCAGCCGUAGUGAGGUCAACAUCUCACUCUGACCAAUGAACAGCAUCCGUAUGAUAACACAAAAUGUUACGUGUUCAAGGAAAGUAUACAAAUGUGAUAGUUAGACACAUGAAUGUUCUCACACUCUGUUAUCCUUUGCUAAAGAAUAACAAUAGGUUUUACAUAAAUAAAGCAGACAUUAGCCUACUGAGAUGAAUAAAAGCCAUCUUAACAGAAACAAAAAUGUUCACGGUUUCAUCGUCCCGCAUCAUGUGUUUGUUCUACGUCUUACAAUAUUAUUAAUAUAUCUGCUGUGUAAGAAUGAUGCUUUUCUCUUCCCGUUAUAAAAUUUAUGGACAAAACAAAAACUGAAUAUGAAAAUCUCUGUUCUUCACAGUUCAUGGGCUGCUUAACUAUAGAAA